UAUGGGUACUGUCAUGGUGGCUCGUGCUGGUUGUCGCUGAAACGUUCCGGUAACUCUCGUUGUUCCGUUUCUGUCUGAACGUUUUGGAUAAGUUUGGGAAUCAGAAGUUGGGUCAAAGGAAACGGUCGGCAAAAUGGCGUCCACCGCGGCAGGCAAACAGCGGAUACCGAAGGUGGCGAAGGUGAAGAAUAAAGCUCCUGCAGAGGUUCAGAUCACUGCUGAACAGCUGCUGAGGGAGGCUAAGGAGAGGGAGCUUGAACUCCUGCCACCACCACCGAAACAGAAAAUCACAGAUGAGGAGGAGCUGAAUGAUUACAAACUCAGGAAGAGGAAGGGGUUUGAGGACAACAUCAGAAAGAAUCGCACUGUCAUCAGUAACUGGAUAAAGUACGCACAAUGGGAGGAAAGCUUAAAGGAGAUCCAGAGAGCUCGUUCCAUUUACGAGCGAGCGUUAGACGUGGAGCACAGGAACGUCACGCUGUGGCUGAAGUACGCCGAGAUGGAGAUGAAGAACCGCCAGGUCAACCACGCCCGCAACAUCUGGGACAGAGCCAUCACCAUCCUCCCACGAGUCAACCAGUUCUGGUACAAGUACACAUACAUGGAGGAAAUGCUGGGGAACUCGGCGGGCUGCAGGCAGGUGUUUGAGCGUUGGAUGGAGUGGGAACCUGAAGAACAGGCCUGGCACUCCUACAUCAAUUUUGAGCUGCGCUACAAGGAAGUGGACAAAGCUCGCACCAUUUAUGAGAGAUUCGUCAUGGUUCACCCCGAAGUGAAGAACUGGAUCAAGUACGCUCGUUUCGAAGAGAAGCACGGCUACAUCGCUCAUGGCAGGAAGGUUUAUGAGAGGGCCGUGGAGUUUUUUGGGGAGGAUCACCUGGAGGAAAAUCUCUUUGUGGCCUUUGCAAAGUUCGAGGAGACACAAAAGGAGUUUGAACGUGUUCGGGUGAUCUAUAAAUACGCAUUGGACAGAAUCCCUAAACACCAAGCCCAGGAGCUCUUUAAGUACUACACCAUGUUUGAGAAGAAGUUUGGAGACCGGAGGGGAAUCGAGGACGUCAUCGUCAGCAAAAGAAGGUUCCAGUACGAGGAGGAAGUCAAAGCAAACCCACACAACUACGACGCUUGGUUUGAUUACCUCCGCCUGGUGGAGAAUGACGCUGACGCUGACACGGUGAGGGAGGUUUAUGAGCGAGCCAUCGCCAACAUCCCCCCGAUCCAAGAGAAGAGACACUGGAGGAGAUACAUCUACCUGUGGAUUAACUACGCCCUGUAUGAGGAGCUGGAGGUCAAGGAUCCAGAAAGAACACGGCAGGUGUACCAGGCCUGUCUGGAGCUCAUCCCACACAAAAAGUUCACAUUUGCAAAGAUUUGGCUGCUUUGUGCUCAGUUUGAGAUCCGGCAGAAGAACCUGCAGGGAGCCAGGAAAGUCAUGGGCACAGCGAUCGGUAAAUGCCCCAAAAACAAACUUUUUAAGGGCUACAUCGAGCUGGAGCUCCAGCUGAGAGAGUUCGACCGCUGCAGGAAGCUCUACGAGAAAUACCUGGAGUUCACUCCGGAGAACUGCACCACCUGGAUCAAGUUUGCAGAGCUGGAGACGAUCCUGGGAGACAUUGAACGAGCUCGGGGCAUCUUUGAGCUCGCCAUCGGACAACCACGACUCGACAUGCCAGAGGUUCUGUGGAAGUCCUACAUUGAUUUUGAGAUUGAGCAGGAGGAGUUUGACAACACCAGAAAUCUUUACAAAAGACUGCUGCAGCGCACCCAGCAUGUCAAGGUUUGGAUCAGCUACGCCAAGUUCGAGCUGUCGAUUGAAAGCCCCGACAGGCUACAGAAGUGCCGGCAGAUCUAUGAGGAGGCAAACAAGAGCAUGAGGAACUGUGAGGAGAAGGAGGAGCGCCUGAUGCUGCUGGAGUCCUGGAGGGACUUUGAGAGGGAGUUUGGCAGCGACAGCACCAUGGAGAGGGUGAGGAAGCUGCUGCCGGAGAAGGUGAAGAAGAGGAGGAAGCUGACGGCUGAGGACGGGUCCGACGCCGGCUGGGAGGAGUACUACGACUACAUCUUCCCCGAGGAUGCCGCCAACCAGCCCAACCUCAAACUGCUGGCCAUGGCGAAGAUGUGGAAGAGGCAGCAGGUGGUGGAGGAGGGGUCUCCAGAAAAAUCUCCAGCAGCUGAAGAGAUGACACCACAGUCCUUUGACAAACCCGCUGAUGCUCCUCAAAAUCAGUCAGACAGCGACUCUGACGACAACACGGAGGAGCAGGAGAAGACAUACGACGACCGAGACGAUGACGACAACAGCAGCAGCAGCGAGAGUGACAGUGAGGAUGACGGACAAAAAGAGCCAAAAGAGACAGAAAAGAGCAGCGAAGAUGAGGAGAAGGAUGAGGGCGAUGGGACACCGGAUUAAAGACUUUAAAGCAGGACUGAAUUUUCUACUCGUCUGAUUCUUUUUUAACAAAAAUCACAAAAGCAUCCAUGGAGAGUCUUUAUUGUAGGACCAUGUUUCUUUGGCUGUGACAUCGUACAAACAUCAAUUAAAAGCUGAAUGUUG